AUGCCAGUUGAUCAAGAAAAAUUAGCCAAAUUGCAGAAAUUGUCCGCCAAGAACAAGGUUGGUGGUACCAGAAGAAAGAUGCCAAAGAAGACUGGUUCAUUGACCUCUUCUAACAAGGAUGACACCAAGUUACAAAGCGAAUUAGCUAAAUUCCGUGCUGUCACUGUUGAUGGUGUUGCCGAAGCCAAUUUUUUCAAGGAAGAUGGUAACGUUUUGCAUUUCAACAAGGUUGGUGUUCAAACUGCUCCACAACACAACACUUCUGUAUUCUACGGUAUUCCACAAGAAAAAGGUUUGCAAGAAUUGUUCCCAGGCAUCAUCUCACAAAUGGGUCCAGAAGCUUUGCAAGCUUUGACUCAAUUGAGUGCUCAAUUACAACAACAACAACAACAAAAAGGCGCUGAAGGUGCUGAAAAUGCCGAGGCCAAGGACGAAAGUAUUCCAGAAUUGGUUGAAGGCCAAACUUUCGAAGGCGAAGUCGAAUAA